AUUUUGGCGAGGAUAUCUCUAGGGCUCUCCCCGCCUCCCUUCACCCGUUUGUGUCCUCAACAGCAGACUCAUUCAGACGGGGGACUAUUUGUCUGGAGCAAUAUGGUUAUUGUAAACAGCAGAGGAGCUGUUUUAAUGAAAUCCAACAUCGCUGUUGAAGCUUUUUGUUCCAGCCUUCACUUUGCGAUGCCUGGGAAAUUCUCCAGCUGCUCUUCCAUGCUUUUCUCUGAGAAUGGCAUCGUAGUAAACAUUUCUGGGAUUUAGAUCAACAGCUAGCAUGUUGCAGCCUUUUACCAGAACGGGUCACAGCCUGCUGAAAGCAGUACCUCAUUGGAGAAAGCGUCCGGGAUGGGUCCUCUCCCUCUCCCUCUGCCUCUACAUGGCUCUCCUCUGGCUUCCCGGGGCAGCGGCAUCGACCCUGAACUGCCACAAGACAUGCAUCUGCGCCUCAAACAUAGUGAGCUGCUCCAAGAUGAAUUUGACCACCGUGCCCACAGGUCUGCCGCUCUACACUGCUGUGCUGGAUCUCAGCUACAAUGAGAUAGAGCGUCUGCGAUCUGAGUGGACCCCGGUCAAGCUUCUGAAGCUGCAUAACCUCCUCCUCAGUCACAAUGGUCUCCACUUCCUGUCUUCAGAGGCGUUCCAACAUGUGAAGCACCUGCGUUACUUGGACCUGUCCUCCAACAACUUGCAACUACUGGAUGAGUUCAUCUUCGAGCCUUUGGUCAACCUGGAGGUCCUCUUGCUGUACAAUAACCACAUUUCCCAGAUUGAUCGUUCAGCUUUUCUCGGCAUGAUCAACCUUCAGAAGCUCUACCUAAGCCAGAACCAAAUCUCCCGCUUCCCUGUGGAACUAGUUAAAGAAAAGUCCCGCCUGGAGAAACUUAGUCUCCUGGAUGUGUCCUCCAACAAGAUCAAGAUGUUUCCCAUCGAUGAGCUCCAGGUGCUGCCUGCCUGGAUUAAAAAUGGCCUCUACUUCCACAAUAACCCUCUGCUGUGUCACUGUGAUAUUUACACACUCCUUGCCCAUUGGUACAUUCGAAAGCUCAACUCUGCUGUGGACUUCAAAGACGACUACACCUGUAUUCUGCCUGGCCCGCAAAAAACCAGAGUAGGCGUUUUUGAUCUCAGCGGUGACAGUAUGAACUGCAGCACAUUCAAGGAGGAAGAUGAAGAGGCUUUUUUGGAGCAGAGGCUGAUCCUUGGCUGUGACACCAAACACAGGGGGAUGUUAAAAACCUGGACGAUGCCUGGUAAUGUGGGAGUGACAACUGGAAGCAACCAGACAGUCAAAGUCUUGCCAGAUGGAAAUCUGGAGAUUAGUCCAGUGAGGACUGAGGACUCUGGGACCUACACUUGCUUUGCCAUGAGCUCGGCCUUCAAUGAGACCAUCUAUGUGGUGCUGAAGGUUCACAACUUCACCAUGCAUGGGGGCGGCGAGAGCCUCAACACAGCCUACACCACCUUGGUGGGUUGUCUGGCCAGUGUGGUGCUUGUGCUCAUGUAUCUUUACUUGACGCCAUGUCGCUGCUUCUGCUGCGCCAAUGCAGGUAAGGAUCGCGGUGAUGACAGCAUCCACUCGUCCAUGCUCAGCGUGACACCGACUCACGAGGACCCAGCGCUCAAGACCGAGCUGAACAGGCACGUGGCCUUCAUAGACUCCAAGGACUUGACGGGCCAGAACGGCAAGCUGAACCCCAAUGGGGAUGAGGAGGAUGAUGAUGAUCUGGAUGCAGAGGCUAGUUCUCUUAUGAAGGUGAAGAGGAAGAAGUCAGUAGCAGAGUCCAUCAGCUCCGUCUUCUCAGACACUCCCAUGGUGGUCUGAGAAGAGACUGGAUGUAUACGGUACAAUGUGAGACAUGUUUUAGUUGACGUAAACUGUGACUGCGACCUUGUGCGAGGAAACGGAGGAAGGAAGUUCAUCUGUAGUGGUCGGAAAGUGGAAAUAAGGAUCUCAAAGGGAGUAAAAAAACAAACGGUCUUGUUGCCCACAAGGACAAUGAGCAGGACUUUUCCAGCAUUUUAAUCUGUAGCACUUAAUAUUCAUACUGUGAAGGAAUGGCAGUGUACAUGAACAGUGGGAACUACUGAAGUCUUAUGAGAGUAAAACGUAGACAAUAUAUUGUUGAUAUGAGCACUCAGGAAGGGCUCCAUUAAUCUGUUAAGGUUUGGGAAAUAGAUAUAAUACAAUGUACAGGGUGAAAUUAGAUUGAAAAAACAUAGUUUUAUAUUCAAACCAUGGCUGGCUCAUAAUUAUAUUUAUUACACAGACUAGAAUAGAUUCAUCGUACCUAGACAUUAGAGCAUAGAUGUGACCCUCUAUCUACACAAGGAACAGGCCGUGAAUACAUUAGUCGUUAACCUUGAGUCAUCUGAAGAGAAGCAGCAUGCCAUAAAAACCCUCAUUAAAUGAGGUAUCAUGCUGAUUUGUAGAAAUGGUAUAAAGAGAAUGUGCACAUUGAGAAAGCAGUAGCACAAAUAUUAUAUUAAGAGCCAAUCGCAGGUUAUUUCCAUUCUACUUAGCUACACUCAGAUUUAGUUCAUCGGUUUGAUCUUUAUUCAUAUUCAUAGUCGUAUACAGCGAUAUAGGAACAAUCGGUAUUCGAUAAAGAGGGAUCAAUUUACACGGAGGUAUGGUAUAAAAUAGUUAACCAGCUUGAGGCAGAUCAUUGCUUAUGAAUGGACAUCUACAAGUAUAACCCAAAAAGAAGCCGUACAGCAUUAAAAACAUGACAAACAGCCAGCAGACACACAUUAGACAUUCCCAGGGAAUCAUUUUGUCUUGAAAGAUUAUCAACAUAUUGUCUCAGAUCUGUACACAGACCUGUACCAUGGUUCUUACAAGAACUAUUAGACUGAGGUGCCACUUGCUGAGGAGCUUGACUCUUCCUCUCGACCAAGUUAUAUUAAUUUGUUUCUCUCAGUCACACGAGCAGGAAGUUAAAGACCAAGCUAAGAGCUGCCAGCUUGAGUUUAUUUCAUUCAUUCUUGUAUGUAAAAUGAGCACCUUACACAGAAUAUAAAUGUAAUAAGUGCAUAUGUCAUAAAUGAUGUAGUAGAUUUAAGUAUUUUGCUUGGAUGGACAAUUACAAGUGUCACGCUGUUUUGUCCUGUGGUAGGUACACUGUGUUAGCAGGUAAACAGAGUCUAGCAAAUAAUAAAACCUACAGGGUUUCUCCAGAAGAUUAUGAGUAAUGUUGAUGAAGCUGUAUUAUUUUACAGAACAGAGAUGAUUCUACAGUUUGUAGCGACUGUCAGAAAACCUCUUGUAAAACUGGAGACUUCAGAAGAUAAGUUGAAUUAUUUUCCGUACGAAACACCUCGUAUGCUGUGCAUAUUUCAUUAACAAGGUUUAAAACAGGCGUGGACCAGACAGAGUGGUUUUAAUAAAUGGUGCCUUUUAAACAAGGCUAGCCCAUCGUAAAUACUAAUUGCAUCUUUUGAUGGGAUGCAGCGUCCCUCUGCUUGGUCUUUGUCUAUCUUAGGAGCAGGAGAUAUGUGUGUUAUCAUUAGUCACAACAACACAAAGCCUUUCUCUCUGGCUCGCUGCACACUGACAGCCUCAAUUCAGUCAAGAUGUGUUUUGCUUUUUUGUGUACCUCUGUCAUUAAGCAGCUGCCCUCCCUUUAGUUCAAAAGCAAUCAGUCAACCAGGCAAUGAAUGUGAUGCCCUUUAAGUAGUCUUCAAUAUGUUUAUGAGGGAAUGCCGGGAGCUUUCAUUCAACAUUUGCUCUCCCACUGAGUCUUAUAAUUUCAAAGUAUAAUUUCUUGCUUUUCCACAACACUACAUAUACAGAUAGGCAUAUCACAUCCCAUUCAGAUAGCAAUUAAAUGUCAGUACAGCUCUUUAAAUGUUAAGAUGUAGACUUUACUGAGUGCAAUAGGUUUUUACGCAAAAUUAAUGUUAUAUUCACAGUUGCAGUGUGCAACGCAGCAUCUUCUGUGUGUGGGUGAGAAGAGGAAGUCACACUUAGCAGAGAGGUGGUGUGUGAAUCAUUCCACUCUCGCACACACAUAGGAAUACCAGGUGGAAAAAUGUAAAACCACAUUUAGCACUACUGCUGACUGGCUGCAAUUGGUGAAAAAUCUAUCCCAUUUUUAGGGCUUCAGCCUUUAGGUGUUGCGCUCGAGAAUUUAAAUAUAUGUGCUGUUCCCUGUUUUCGCAUCGGGGAUCAAUCCAAAACCUCUCGGAUUUUAAGCCCUGGUCCCUCAAGGCAGCAUGAGAAGAAACUACUAAAUGGCAGUAGAAUAAUCUAAUAUGGCAAAAAAUAACUAAACUCACACACAGAUAUAUAUAUAAAGGCUGUUGCCUUGCGCACAAUGAUCUGGAAGACUAUCAUGUGUUUUCCCCGCAGUAAAUUAGUGUCAAUCAAUCUAAAUUGGCCCUGGCUAAUGAUUGGUCUUCUGGGUUGUCACUCAAAAUACAAGUUGCAGUUCUGUACAGAGAAAAACUAAGUGCUCUUGCAAAGGUCCUAGCAUAGAGGAGAAGAGUGGCUUUGUGGUCUCCAAAGCAAAUCUGCCUUCCCAUAUAUAUAUCUAUAUAUACAGUAUAUACAUAUGUAUUAAGACUCUUUUCUGUGUUCAGUAUUGAUUAAUUGUGUACUGAUAUGUUCUACCAGUGUACUGACUGUAUUCUUGUAUGAUAUGAUGUCAUUUUGCAUUACGUCUGCCGCUGUCCUACUGUUAGUCGUUUCAACAUUCAAGUCUUGACCAUAAAUGUAUAUUUUUUAAGAUGGGUGGGGUUAUGUUUUUUAUUGACAUAGGAUGUAUUUUACACUUGACUCUGUUGAACAAUAUGGUUAAACUGAAAAUAUUUAUUGAACAUGUCUGUAAAACUGCAGAGGAGUGCCAGUUUUGAAAUCAUCGAUACAUCCUAAUGGGCAGUGAGUAUGUAGCCAGCAGUUAUUCUCAGUCAAUAUCAUAAAGUCAUAGGAAAAUCUAGGAACAGCAGAGAGCUUCAUCAGAUUGGUGGCUAUGUCAGUUGAUAUAUGGAGUUGCGGGUAAGUUCUCAAAUGGAUACAAAAAACAACAACUUUUCUGUCUAUAAAAAAAGUCAAAGAAUAUUUUUAUAAAAGCUGGGGAGGAAUAUCAAGAGACCUCUGCGCCAAUGAAUUCCUGAAACACAGCGGGUUCUGAAUGGAUUUGAAGACAGACGGUGAAUAAAUCUUCUCAGAAUUAUGUCAUUUUUAAGUAAUAAUUUAAUACAACACACAAAGGUUUUCACAUUUGCAGCAUCAAUAAAACAAAAUAUUUGGUUCGAGAUCGGUGCAGUUCACAGGCCUUUUGCUAUCUGCAGUAAUGGUACAUUUACUGAUUAGGGAGGGGAGUGGUCUCUGCCCGACAUACAUCUAGCUCCGUUCAUCUGACUAUAGUAGCAAUUACGGAAACAUCCUUAAGGGGGUGGGGCCAAAGGCUCUCUGCUUUCACAGUGUCCACAGGACAAGAAUGCAGCUUUUAACAGCAUUGAAAGCACAGAGUUUGUUGACUACGGCCUCAAAGGUGAGCUGGUUGGCCACUGACAUAAAAUAAAAGGUCUUGCGGCUAAAGUGGAAUGGCUUUGCAUGGUUCGCUUAAGAGCUUCUCUGACUGCAGGAUAGGUGCAACCUAGUAGGCAUUAAAGAUAAAGAAAAUGUAAUUUGACUUAAUAAUAAAGAUCAAGAUUUUCACUU